AUGACUGCGUCUCAUCCUGAUGCAGACGUCUACCCACGGGCCACAGGCCCUGCUGCCAGCAUCGUCGCUGAACACCAGAAGAACGCCCCCGUCACGUUGUACUCUGGGUGGUUUUGUCCUUUUGUGCAAAGGGUCUGGAUCACGCUCGAGGAGAAGAAGAUCCCCUACAAAUAUAUUGAGAUCAAUCCUUAUCAUAAGGACCCGAGCUUUCUGAAGCUCAAUCCACGAGGACUUGUGCCAACCUUGGGUGCGCCACAAAAGGACGGAUCGCAGAAGCCAUUGAUCGAAUCCAAUAUCAUAUCGGAAUACUUGGACGAAUCAUUCCCUGAUCAGAUGCCACUCUUCCCCAAGGAUCCCUACGAAAAGGCUCGCAUGAAGAUCUGGAUUGACCAUGUUACCAGUAGAGUCCUUCCCACUUUUCACCGGUUCCUGCAGCACACCGACAAGAGCCCUUACCCCAUUGAGCAGGCGAGGGAUGAAUUCUUAUACGCCCUCAAGACCUGGAUCAGGGAAGCCAAUCCCGACGGCCCCUUCUUUCUCGGCAAGGCUUUCAGCUAUGCGGAUGUCUGCCUGGCCCCGUGGGCUGUCAGACUGUGGGUAUUCGAUCACUUCAAAAAGGGCGGGCUUGGUAUUCCACCUGUUGGUGAAGGACGUGAAGACGACGAAUUGUGGAAUCGAUGGCGCACGUGGAUCCAAGCUGUCGAGUCACGGAAAUCAGUGACAGAGACACUGAGCGACCGCGAAGAAUAUCUGCCGAUCUAUCAGCGUUAUGCCGAAGACAGAGCGCAAAGCGAGUUGGCCAAGGCCACGAGGGAAGGCAGAGGCGUGCCGUAA